CGUUGUUAGACUUGGAACGCAGAGACUGGUUCGCGGGAAAAUGGAUUACGUGUAAUGGCAAGGCGUGUAUACUCGCAUUAUUAGCACAGCGGAUUUAUGAAUGGGUUAAUGUUGUAUGUGUAAUUCUGAUUCUUCCUUCAGUUUAUUUGGAAUUUGACUUAAAGCUGUAAAUAUCUGACCUCACGGAAAGUAGUGCAUGCGCAGAGUGAGGUUACAGCAAUCUUCCUCUUGUCUACCACGUCUUUUCUUUUGUAUAGCCUCGUUGUUUUUCUGACGAGAAUUUUUGAAUUGAGAAAAUUCAUAAAACGUCCUGCAGUGUAUAUUUUGUAAAAGCUGAGUUUAUUAUGAGUCUAAUAAAUCUGGAUCAUUUUCGUUACACGAAAUGUCAGAAGAAAGGAGAAUCGACUAACGGCUGUAGAUCCGAAAGCCCAGAUUCAGAAAAGGAAAACAAAACAGAAACUGUUGUUCCAGAGACGCCAGAAUCUAAACGUCCAACCAGGUUUAAAAGGAUUAAAGGAGAGCAGUUUUCUGAUUCUGAUUCUGACUCUGACCUAACAAGCAGAGAUGAGGUAAAUUCAGUGAACGAAGUAGCAUCUAGCAAAAAGAACCUAAAUAAUAGCUACCCACUAGAAGAGUUCAAUUAUGGCUGCCUUAAAGAAACUGAUAGAGUACAUUCAUUAGAAGAUUUAGCAAAGCUGAAAGACCUGUUCCCUAAUAUAGAUGAUGGUAAACUUUUGGAGGUUAUGAAAUCAACCAGUACUUUAGAUGGGGCAGUUGCAUCUUGUCUGAUGCGCUUUAAUAAUGAAGUUUCAGACAAUAAAAGAAAAAGGAAAACAGAUGGAUCGAAUAAUAGUGACUCUGAAGAAAGUGUGCCGUUUCAAGCAAGAAAGAAGAAAAAAACUGCAGGGAAUGAUGAUCAUGAAUCAAAUGUGGCAGAUCCAAGUGAUGAAUGGGAGAGGCAUGAAACUAUUCUGAAAAGACUUCAGAAAAAGUUUCCUCAUUUAGAUAUGGAGGAGCUGAGAGAUGUCCUUGAUCAGCAUAACUGGUCUUUUAAUGAUGCUUUGGGUGUCUUAAAACUGUUUUCUGAUCCAGUCCAGGAAUCUGCUACUUUAGAAGCAAGAGAUAAUGCAAACAAGAAGGACCAGGCAGACAGUUCAGUGGACAUAAAAAUGCAGAGAAAAUCUGUGAAAGAUAAGAGUUGCUUCAAACUUUCAAAUCUGAAAAAUGAAACAAGUAACCAGAGUUUAAAGCUGCAGGAAAGUGACUUAGAAGAUGAGGACUCUGUAUGCUCAGAAUUUGAAAAAUAUUCUGAUACAUCUGACGAACAAAAUGAUCAUGAGCAGAAGGCCAAAAUACUGAAGUUCUUGCAAGAUGCCUCUCUAGAUGAGCUCUCCUUGAUAUCACGUUGCUCUGUAAAAAAGGCUCAGAAGAUUAUUGAGCUCCGUCCCUUUAAAAGCUGGGAAGAUCUGUUUUCAAAGUUUACAAAAGCUAAUGGUUUAAAUGAAGAUAUAAUCUGGGGCUGCAGUGAUGUUCUUAAAGAGAGAGAGGUGAUCUCAAAGUUAAUGACAAGAUGUGACAAAAUAUCAAAAAAGAUGACUGAGGAAGUCAACCAGAUUACAAUGGAUUAUAGCAGUCUUGGAAGUAUUAAGCAGCCAGCACUUUUAACUGAAAAAUUACAGCUGAAACCAUAUCAACUUAUUGGAUUAAAGUGGUUAAUUUUGCUUCACAAAAAUCAAUUAAGUGGCAUUCUUGCAGAUGAAAUGGGUCUGGGGAAAACUGUGCAAGCAAUUUCCUUUUUGACAUAUCUUUACCAAAAAGGCGAUAAAGGACCACAUCUCAUUGUUGUGCCUUCGUCUACACUAGAUAAUUGGGUGAGAGAGCUUAACCAAUGGUGCCCUUCUCUCAGGGUUCUAGUGUACUACGGGUCAGUAGAGGACCGUAAAUAUCUCAGGCAUGAUAUUAUGAGCAAAGCUGUGGAUUUUAAUGUUGUUGUUUCUACGUAUUCUCUAUGUAUUAGCAGUGCUGAUGAUCGUAGUUUAUUCAGAAGACUAAAACUUCACUGUGCAAUUUUUGAUGAGGGUCACAUGCUGAAAAAUAUGAAUUCUAUGCGCUACAAGCACCUUAUGACAAUGAAAGCUGAGUACCGUUUACUGCUCACUGGAACACCAUUGCAAAACAAUUUGUUGGAACUGAUGUCCUUGCUUAACUUUAUUAUGCCAAACACGUUUUCAAGCAGUGCAAGUGAGAUCUCAAAAAUGUUCUCCAUGAAAACUUCUGAGGAGCAAAGCAUUUUUGAACAAGAAAGAAUAGCACAUGCUAAGCAAAUUAUGAAGCCUUUCAUUCUGAGGAGAGUCAAGAGGGAGGUUUUAGAUCAGCUUCCAGCAAAAGAAGAAAUAAUAAAGUUUUGUCCUAUGUCAAAAACUCAGGAUAACCUGUAUGGCUCAAUUUUUGACCAACUGAAGAAAUCUGACAAGGGUGACAAGAAACAAUUGUGCAAUGUAAUGAUGCAGCUUCGGAAAAUGGCAAAUCACCCUUUACUUCAUCGCCAAUAUUACACAGAAGAUAAGUUAAACCAGAUGUCUAAACUGAUGCUUGAGGAGCCAACUCACAGAGAUGCAAAUGAACAUCUUAUCUAUGAAGACAUGCAAGUAAUGUCAGACUUUGAAUUGCAUAUGUUAUGCAAGAAAUAUUGUAGUCUUGCAUUUUUCCAGCUUGAGAAUGAGAAGAUCCUUGAUUCUGGAAAGUUCCAAGUUCUUCAAGUUUUGCUCAGAGAAUUCAAAGAUAGAGGUGAUCGCAUUGUACUUUUUAGCCAGUUUACAAUGAUGCUGGAUAUUGUGGAAGUUUUUCUAAAUCACUUGAAUUACAGAUAUUUAAGAUUAGAUGGUUCAACCCCUAUGUCUGAAAGAAUUCAUCUUAUUGAUGAAUAUAAUACAGACAUGAACAUUUUCAUUUUCCUGUUAUCUACAAAAGCUGGAGGGCUUGGAAUAAAUCUCACUUCUGCAAAUGUUGUUAUUCUUCAUGAUAUUGACUCUAAUCCUUAUAACGACAAACAAGCUGAAGACCGGUGUCAUAGAGUUGGACAAACAAAGACUGUUCAGGUAAUGAAGUUGAUAAGCAAAGGAACCAUUGAAGACUGUAUGCUGAAAAUCAGUCAGAAAAAGCUGAAACUUGAACAAGACAUGACUGCAGCUGAAGAGGGUGAGGAAGGAUCAAUUCCUGAAGAUAUGGCUACUUUACUAAAAGCAAGCCUGGGCCUUUAAAUGUGUUUGUUUUUUAUAGUGUGCACUCAAUCAGCUAUACUUGAAUCUCUGGAAUUUUGUACAGUAUGACUGUUAAACAUUUUUCUUUAAUUAUAGUUGUAGAUUGUGUCAGUUGUGCCCU